CCAAAAUGUCUUCUAAAUGUCAAUUUGAUUCAGAAAACAUUUUUGCAGGGCGAGAGUCCAUGGUAAAAGAAGUACUAAACAAAAAGAUUAACGAACAGAAAAUUGUUGUUGAUGAGCUGUACAAUCUAAAGAAAAACAGGAAGGUAUACAGUCAACAACCUAAUAGCAACAUAUUCUUCUUGGCGGACAGACGGCAAUGUCUUUGUUCAUGCAAACAUGAACUGGACAACAUGAAGAAGGAACUAUUGGAUAUAUAGUCAACUCUAGGAAGGAAUUUCACAGGACAUCAUGUGUGGAAUUUGUUGUGUGGUUAGCUUGUCCCCUACCCAGAUUAUUCUUGAGAAGGAUAUUGAUGAAAAAUUAAGGAGACGAGGCCCAAACUCAAAUUGUGAGGUUACUAAAACCUCAACAAAUCCAAACUUUAAUUGUUUGUUCUCUGCUCAUGUUCUUCACAUGAGGGGUAGACUCACACCUCAGCCUGCACAAGACGGUAAAGGGAAUAUUCUACUAUGGAAUGGGGAAGUUUUUGGAGGACUUCCAGUGAAACCACAAGAAAAUGAUACAGAUGUUUUAUGUCAUCAUCUUUCAACUUGCAACAGUGCCAAUGAAAUUCUGUCUGUUAUAUGCAAUGUUCAAGGACCAUGGGCUUUUGUAUAUUACCAACAAGCUGGAG